UCCUCCCCCCCAGGUCCCCGGGCCAUGGCCCUGGCCCCCACCGGGCCUCAGCUGUCUUUUAGGCCUCCUUUACUUAGCCAUAGUCAAUAUACACAGAAGGUUUAUGAACUACAUGAGUAAAUGAAUGGUGACAGGAAGAAGUAAAUCAUUCCCAAUGAAUUAUAAUGAGCACAUCUUGCUGAUCCGACACUAUGUACUGUACUAGCUAUGGGUACUGUACUAGCUAUGAUUCACAUGAAUAUUACGUUGUACUGUACUGUGCCAACAAUGGUCUACAGUACAGUAAUUGUAACAUUAGCAGCAAUGCUGUACAGUACAGUAUUUGUAACUACAAGUACUGUGCUAUCAGUGAUGUGCAAUACAGUUAUUAUAACUACCAGCAGUGAUGUACAAAGUACAUUGUUGCACGGGAUGAGGCUUUGUAUUGCCUCCCUUACUUAAAAAUUGAGCUUCUAGACAAAAAUGGCCUUGAGACAGUAGCAAAAGUACUGUCCUUUGGGUGUUGGACUCUCAGCGAUUCAGAAAAUAUUGAAAUUCCUGUAGCAGGAUCUAUAGGAACAUCAUGUAGUGUCCGUGGAAAUGCUCCCCAGUUGACUCUAGCUCAAGGAAAUGUCCGACCUGUUACUCAAGUUUCAGGAACUGGGGGAACUGCUAACAACCCACCUCCAGUUGCUCUUGAUAGGUCUUCAGCAUUCCAGCGUGACAAUUCCCACAUGACAACACUGACAGAACUUGGUAAAAAGUUGGUGGCGGCAGCUAAAGUGGGUAAUACAAGUCAGGUUAGAAGGUUGAUGGCUAUUGGAGCACCGUUUGCAUCAGAUGGGCCCAUUGGAAUGACUCCGCUUCACUUGGCUGCACAAAAUGGUCAUUAUGAAACCUGUGAUCGUUUGCUAUGCGCUGGUAUGAACAUUAAUGCACGGAACAAGGUGGACAAGACUCCCUUACACUUGGCUGCUAUGGAGGGUCACUAUGAUAUUGCAUCUUUACUAGUCAAAACUGGAGCCAAUGUAAAUGCCUGUGAUAUGUUAAAAAUGACACCUUUACAUUGGGCCUGUGAUAGAGGACAUACCCAAAUUGUACGAUUGCUACUAAAGAGUUAUGGCCAGACUGAUGUUACCAACAAAUUUUCAAAAACACCUCUCCAUUUGGCUGUAGAAAAUGGAUAUGAAAAUAUUGUUCUACUGCUGCAGAAAGGCAUCUGCUGCAAGGAGGAGGAAGAAGCUGUAGCUGUGGAGUCCAUCUCUCUAGAUAUAACACAUGAUCUGGACUCUAUUCCUGUUGUGUGUAAAACUGAAGAAGUUCACACAGAGGAACUGCUGGUUGAAGAGGUUUGUGAAAAUAGUCAAAGUACCAAAGAGAGCAGUCAAAGUUGCAAAGAGGGAGAAGACAUUUCGUCAGUUGACAGUGAAUUACCUCAUUCUAUCAUGGCAGAUGACACAGAUGAUCAAAACAUCUCUGUACUUGCAACAUUGGCUGAACUAGCACAAGCUACAUCGAGAGGAACAGAGAAUACUGUAGAUAUGUCGAGUGCAGCUGCAUUAGAGUUAUUGAAAGCUCAGGCUGCCCUGCUACCCAUUGAUGAUGCAUCAACUUUAGUGACGUCUGCUGUAGCUCACGGACAGACUCUCCAUCUUACUGAGGCGGGACGGCAGGCUUUAAAGUUCAUAAAGCAAGAGCUGCCUUUGUUACCAAGUAAUCCACUGCUACAAGAACCCCCCUCAGGUAUUGAUCAAGACAAAACCAACAAAAAAUCAAGUAAUAGCAUCACAAAUGCUAAAAGAAGAGACAAAACAUCAUCCUCACACGUGACGGUGCAGUCAUCUUCAUGCUUGCCGGCUCUUUUACCCUCUUCAUCAAUAGAAAGUGUGGAUGAUGAUGAUGGAGAGGAAGUCCAGCAAGUGACUCAGGUUAUAACACUAACUUCAGAGCAAUAUGCUGCACUUACAGGUGGUACCAAUGGCCCAAUCAUAUUGCAAGUAUUACCAGCAAGUGCAGAUGAAGAACAUUUGAAUGAGAUAAACAAGAACCAGAGUCCACCGGCAACCAAACGGCAAAAGGUCAUGCAACUGGUCACAAGAGUGGGUCAAGGAAGCUCAGGUCUAAACCAAGCAGUCGCAAAAGUGUCAGGAGAGGUGCUGAGUGUAGACCUGCCAAAUGUGAAUCAUCUAUAACAAAAAACAUCAUUAUUAAUCCUGUUUGGCACCAAGUCAACAGUUUGUCUACUGUUUACUUUAUAAGUAUAAGUUAACUGGACAAUUCUUUUUCUGCUAUGUAUAGUAGGAUGGCUAUAUUAAUAUUCAGACUUAUUAAAAAUGCCAAAUAAGUUCAUGACUAAGAAAAUUUAGAUGUACAGUACAAUGUUAUAUUUCAAUUGACUCAUUCAUUCACAAAUAAGUGAUUACGAUAUUGUUCAUGUAUUGUGACCUGUAUUUACACAUGCAGUAAUGAUUUAUAUUAAAACAAAUAUAUUUAUAGAACAUGAA